GCGUACCAAGACUAACACAUCAAUAUGAACCAAGAAAGCCAAGAAGAGGCCAGGGGAGAGGACACCCAGAUAACAAAUGAUGCAGUGAAGGAAGAGACCAUACAUGAAAGUGCCACAGCAGUUGACAUUGAAAGAGAGAAUGGACUCGCGGUGGUCGGUAAGCAGGGGGUUAAUCAUGAAAAAAACCGAGACUCCAGCUAAUGAAAAACGGGGGAAUAUUUCGUCUCAGAAAUCAGAAGUGAACCAACGGCGUUAUCGCUUCGUUGACACUGGCAAAAAAUCAGCUUUUUUCAAGAGCCAAACUUUGAAUGAACUUCGACCGUUUUACAACGGCUCCAUGCUCGACCAGCGGAUGGCAGAGAUCAGGAAGUCAAUAUACUACAUCCGCCAACACUGGCAUGAGUUUGACACGUUCCUGACAUCGUUGAAACAGCUCAUGUUAACAGACGGAGAGCUGACCUUUGAAAAGCCUCAAGUUCAAUCAUACAUGGAGAAACUACUAACGACUAAGAGAACUUGGUUACAAGAGUUUGAAGUGGCGUUUCUAGAUAUCAGCUACGAUGCUAUUAAACUUUACACAUGUUCUGAAGGAUAUGGUCACAUUUAUCGACUCAGUAAUGAAAUCUUCCGCCGUGAAGAUUCCAUUGAUGUGGCGGAGAUGAUUCAGAGUGUGACUUUCUUGGUAGAGUUGAUUAACAUUGAUCUGUUUAACUAUUGCCUCAAGAGGCCCGAGAUGAUGCAUUACAAGGGGAUGGUGUACCGCGGGAUGUGCCUCUGUGACGUGGAUCUUGAUGCCUUCAAGUCACUGCGACAUGAGCCAAUGAACAGGAGAAACAUUGCAGUACCACUCGAUGAGUUUGAAGUGCUGCUCCGUGGCCCCUUCAUGCUCGUUUUGGAUAUUUACAAAGACCAUAACCUCUUAGGAGGACCCUGUCAUGUUUUAGAAGCAGUCAUGCUGAACGCUAACCGUGAUCAUAUAUCAUCAGCGCACCUUGGUGACCAGGAUACGUUAGCACGCGAUAUGUUUGCUACAAUGGUUGCUGUCACUCGGAGUGAGUUUGCGGUGAAGUACUGUGAGAAUCACGCGCUGAUACAUGAUGGAUGGGAAUAUCAGAAGAUACUCCACGAUAACAUAACCAAACUUGACAUCUUGAUGAAGGAUGAUUUACAAGAUGUGCCAGUUCUUCAACUGGUUGUGACGUUGUUGACGCGGCCACCCCUAAAUACGCAGUAGUCAUGCCUCCCAGCUCCGGUGAACUCUGGGGCCAUCACCUGAUGCCCGCCCAGGUGACCGUCGACUGUCUCCUCCCUAACGGGAUCAUCGUACCAAUCAGCUGCACCCGCGACACCACAUUAGAAACCAUUAAAACAGAACUAUGGCGAGAGGCGAAAAAAUACCCCCUCUUUUACCUCUUGGCCGAACCGACGUCGUAUAUAUUCGUCAGCAUUACCCAGGAUGCAUUGCGGGAGGAGUAUUACGAUGAAACCAGACGUUUAUGUGAUCUCAGACUUUUUCAGUUGAUUCUAAAAAUCGUGGAACCAAAGGGGAACAGGGAAGAAAAAAUGCUCAACUAUGAAAUAGGCAUGGCAGUAGGGAUGUCUGUCACCGAGUUUAAUGAAAUCAAGGACCUUGAAGUCAUGACAUUCCGUCGUAACAUUCUCAACGUGUGCAGGGAGGCUGUUGGCCGACGCGAUGCUCAAGGUUUCCGCAGUCAAGCAUUGUAUGUCUAUCCACCUGACAUUGAGUCAACAAACCACCUACCAUCGCAUUUAGCAGAGAAACUAGAAAAAGAAAAUAAAAACAUCAUCGUGUACAUUUGGGUGGUUUCACAAAACGGUGAGAAGCAGCGCUACGCAAUCAAGGUGGCGCACAUGGCCUUUCCAGAGACUGUCAUCGCGACUGCCAUCAGGAAGAAAACACGUACUAUGCAUAUGACGUCUGAGCAACAGGAACAAUGUGUGAUUGAAUACCAGGACAGUUAUCUGUUGAAGAUCUGUGGUUGUUAUCAGUUCUUAUUAGAGAGGUACCCCCUCUCACAAUACAAGUACGUCCGAAAGUGCAUCGCACGAGGUAAGAUUCCCGAGCUGAUGUUGAUGGCCAAGGAUGAUGUGUACAGUAGUCUGCCCAAGAACAUGUUCUUUCUGCCAGCAUAUGUGCGGCGAGGUGUGAAUGCGUUACAGCAGAUCAACAAGCAGAAGACCAUGUCACUAUGGGAGAUUGAGGCGAGGCUUGCUGUCAAGAUUAACUGUGCAACCUACGUCAACGUGAAGGAGGUCAGCAAGUUCUACAUCAAGACUGGUAUCUACCUUGGCACGGAGGCAUUGUGUUCAGACAAAAAUACACGUCAGGUGACCGCGGCCAACCCCAAGUGGGAUGAGUGGUUGAACUACGACCUCGAACUGCAGGACAUUCCACGAUGUGCCAGACUCUGUCUAUCACUCUGUUGUGUGUCACGGAGAAAUAAAAAGGUGCACUAUGCCAUAGCGUGGGGAAACAUCAAUCUGUUUGAUUUCAAUAACCGCUUCCAGGUGGAGAAGAUAGGCCUGGUGCUCUGGCCAAUGCCCAAGGGAAUGGAUGAUCUCCUCAACCCCAUCGGUACACCAGGCUCCAACCCGAACAAAGAUUCUGCCUGCCUGGAGAUUGAAUUUGAUCUGUUCUCUAGUCCCGUCACCUUCCCACCACAGUCUCAGAUCGAAGCAUUUGCUGCCAUCAGUUCACGUAGUGCAAGGGGCUUUAGUCCGAUUGAACCAAUCAGCACUGAGGAAGAUGACCAAAUGAAUAAAAUCAUCGCCAGAGAUCCGUUGUCUGAGAUGUCUGAGCAAGAGAAAGAGUUGUUAUGGAAAUGGAGAGAAGUUUGUCAAACGAAACCUGAUUCACUUCCGAAACUCCUGAAAGCUGUCAAGUGGAACCAGAGAGAGGACGUGGCACAGCUUUAUGUCCUCCUGAAUAAAUGGCCGACGGUAUCUGAGGAAACCGCUAUGGAGUUGUUAGACUGUGACUAUCUUGAUCUCAGAGUUCGUACUUUCGCUGUCUCGUGUCUGGAGAAGACUCUCUCAGAUGAGAAGAUAUCCUUGUUUCUCUUGCAAUUAACACAGGUGAUCAAGUUUGAGCCGUACCUUGACAACCCACUCACGCGCUUCCUCCUCAACAAGGCGUUGAUGAACCAGAAGAUUGGACAUUUCUUCUUCUGGCACUUGAAGUCCGAGAUGCACCAAAUCUCUGUCAAGGUCAAAUUCGGCCUCAUCCUGGAGGCAUAUUGCCGUGGCUGUGGUGCAUAUCUCAAGUCGUUGAACCGCCAGGUGGAGGCACUGGAGAAACUCACCAUGCUCACCGAAACUUUGAAGAACGAGAGAGAUGAUAACCAGCUGUCGGUGUUGUGGGACCGAGUGAACCAGGCAGACUACAAAGAAGCACUCCAGAACUUCUCUUCUCCCCUCAACCCAAGUUACACCCUCGGUGAACUGCAAAUCCAAACAUGUAAGAUCAUGCAAUCCAAGAAGCGCCCCCUGUGGUUAGACUGGAAAAACCCCGACCCGACAGCUGAGUGUUUGUUCAGCGACUUCAUGAUUAUCUUCAAAAACGGCGACGAUCUGCGGCAGGAUAUGUUGACCUUACAGGUGAUUGGAAUCAUGGAUCGCAUUUGGCAGAGUGAGGGCCUUGAUCUCAGAAUGACUCCCUAUGGGUGUUUGUCAACGGGGACAGAUGUUGGUAUGAUCGAAGUGGUGAGAGACGCACAGACAGUCAUGAAGAUCCAGAAGAAUACGAUGAUGGCGGCGAUUCAGCUCAAAAACGACGUUCUCUACAAGUGGAUCUCGAACAAGCAUAAAGGAGAGAAAAAAGAUCAAAUAAUUGACACAUUCACCAAGUCUUGUGCUGGCUACUGUGUGGCCACAUUUAUCCUUGGCAUUGGUGACCGUCAUCCUGACAACAUUAUGGUCAAUGAAGAGGGCCAGAUAUUCCACAUUGACUUUGGCCAUUUCUUGGAUCAUCGGAAGAAAAAAUUUGGCAUCAACCGAGAACGUGUUCCGUUUGUCCUGACAGAAGAUUUCACAACAGUGGUAGCAAAAGGGGCAGACAAUCCAACAAAAAGUGCUGAAUUUUCAGCAUUCACGGAGCUCUGCGGCAAGGCGUACCUCAUCCUUCACAAACACGCCAAUAUCUUCCUGACCUUAUUCUCUAUGAUGCUGUCGUGCGGCAUCCCGGAGCUCCAAUCCCUUGACGACAUUGGAUAUCUCCGUAAGACGCUUGCGGUGGAAAAGACCGAGGAAGAGGCUUUGAAGUAUUUCCAUCAUCAAUUCCACGAUGCGUAUGGCGGUGCUUGGACGACCAAAAUGGACUGGUUCUUUCACUGGGUGAAGAAUAGGAGAUGAGGACAGGUCCACUUAGUGCAAAUCAUUUCAUGUGUUCAGUCUGGGGAACAUUUGUCUGAGCAUGGAGCCCAACUUGUCCUGAGGACAUCAUGAUUCUGAGUAGACUUGUGGCUGACAUUUGCAAGCAACUUACAAAUCACUGGAUUCCUAAGUGUUGUUGAAUAUUACAGGUGCAGUGCAAAUAAAUGUGUACAGUCUGCAGUGCCAUCUAUUGGAAUAUGCCUACAGAGCAGAUUCUCCUUUGUUGAGCUGCCAUUGCCAAAAUAUUUUGCGAAAGUGGUAGAUUGUUGACCAGUUUUGUCAUAAACCUAUUCAAUGUUAUAAAAUGAUGAUAUUCCAGAAUUUUUCUUGCAAUUAUUCAAGAGUUACCGGUACUUUCACUUAAAGGGGGAGUACAGGCAGGAGGUCGGGUACAAGACUUCUACGGGGUCUUUAAAUGAGUGUCGCGGUUGGCAGAAGUUGAAGAAAUAAUGUCCAGACUUUGUAUGUGCUUACAGGAAGUUAAAUCAAAAUCCACACUUUAGAACACGGUAUAUGAUGAGGUUUCAUAGCAGCGGAAGAUACAAUAGUCUGGUGCAAGUUGCAAAGAAGACAUGCAAAAAAAGGUGCUGACUAGUUAUAGUUUAAAGAGAUAUCUUACCCGUGGGCAACAGUUUCUGGCGGUCCUGCCUUUAGUCUCCUUUGAGCUGUAAACAUUUGUAAAUAAUCUGCUGUCUCAUUGUGCUAAUCAAUUGAUCAUAGUGGAAUCGUGUCUGUUUCCUGAUUGUCAAGGCCCAGUAGUGUUGAUCUCUAUCAUGGAGUGCUGCAUGUAUUGGCAGCAGUUGUAUCAAAUGUUUACCUCGUCUAACUUUGGUUUAGUCUUGUAAAUGUAGGCCUACUUUGACUUAGUCUCUUGUUUUCUUCUACGAUUUCGGGUCUGAAAUGGGGCGGGGGUUGCUUGUUGUACUCGUUACUAUGCUGUCCAGUAAACAUUCGAGAUGGCUUCCUUAGUUUCAAAAUGGCUGCCUAAGUUGAGCCAACACAUUGAUCAUUCUUGUAUUAUAGAUGUGUAUAUUGUAAUAAAUGACUACUUUCUU